AGCACAGUCACAGAACUAAGUUUACCACCAGCGGAGAAACACACAAGAGGGACUGCCUGCUGGUUGACUGCUUCCUGAACUUUGUCUCAAGAUUUUAUUUUUGAAGGGGCGCAGGGUGAAGACAAAGGAUUUAAAAUGCAGUCUUGUGCAAGGUGCGGGUUUGUGGUGUACCCGGCGGAGAAGAUCAACUGCAUUGAUCAGAACUGGCACAAAGCAUGUUUUCACUGCGACGUCUGUAAAAUGGUGCUGACGGCCAAUAACUUUGUCAGCCACAAGAAGAGGCCUUACUGCUCAGUACACAAUCCGAGGAACAACACCUUUACCAGCGUGUAUGAAACACCCAUCAACAUCACCGCGAAAAAGCAGAGCAAUGCCAGCAGUGAGCUGAAGUAUCGCGAGGAUGGCGAUCGUUUUAUGUCCACCUUCCACUAUGACAUGAAGUCCAGGGAGCUGGAGAGGGCUCGUCUAGCCAAUCAGAUGGCCGGCCAGUCCUUCAAGUUUCAGUCAGAGUUUUCCCAGCAGCAGUCUUGGUACAACCAGGAGAUGGUGUCCAUGUCACAAGCUCAGACAAACAUCAGUGACGUCAAAUACAUGGAGGAAUACGACGAGUCCAAAGGCAAAGGCAGCUUCCCGGCCCUGAUCACACCGGGAUACCAGGCGGCCAAAAUGGCCAACACCCUGGCAAGCAACCUUGAAUACAAAAAAGGCCACGAGGAGAGAGUUUCAAAAUACACCGCCUUUGUGGACCCCCCGGAGGUGCUCCUGGCCAAGAAACAAGGGCAGAUUGUCAGCGAUUAUGCCUACACAGAGGAGUACGAGCAGCACAAAGGCAAAGGCAGCUUCCCCGCGCAUCUGACACCUGGAUACAAGAUGUCAAAAAAGGCCUCCGAACAGGCCAGCAACAUAAAGUAUCGUCACGUAUACGAGCAGGAGAUAAAGGGCAAGGCCAGUGCCGACGCGACCUUGGCCGAAAUGCUCCACGCCAGAGAGAAUGCAGACAACUUCAGCCAGAUCGCCUACACCGAAGAGUACGAGCAGCAGCGAGGAAAAGGAAGCUUCCCUGCCAUGAUAACGCCCGGGUACCACCUGGCUAAGAAGGCUCAGGAAAACGCAAGUGAUCUGAAAUACAGAAAAGACUUAAAUAAGAUGAAGGGCACGUCACAUUUCCACAGCCUGACCUCGGAGGACAACCUGGCCUUGAUGAACGCCCGCAAGAUCAACAAGCUUGUCAGUGAGGUAGAGUACAAGAAAGACUUGGAGAACAGCAAAGGCCACAGCAUCAAUUUCUGCGAGACGCCCCAGUUUCAAAAUGCUACUAAAGUAGCCAAGUUCACAAGUGAUAACAAAUACAAGGAGAAGUACAUCGACAUGAAGCGCCACUAUGAAGGCUCGGGAAUGGACAAGCGGACCAUGCACGCCAUGAAAGUCCGGACGCUGGCCAGCGACAUUUCAUACAAACAAGGUCACGAGCAAGAUCAAGGCGAGUACACCUACCAAGCCACACUGACACCAGGCUACCGCAGCCAAAGGAAGCUGGACCCACUGAAAGACAAGAACUACAGGCAGCACAUCGACCAGGUCAAGUACAGUCCAGUGAAGGACACGCCGGCGAUCCUCCUGGCCAAGAAAAACGCUCAACUUAUCAGCAAUCUCAACUACAAAGCAGACUACGAGAAGACCAAGCAUCUGUACACACUUCGCGAGGACUUGCCACAAAUCAAGAGGGCCAAAGACAAUGCGGCCUUGUGCAGUGACAUUAAAUACAAGGAGGAGUGGGAGAAGACCAAAUCGAAGGCGUGCGACAUCGGCGUGGACGACCUCAGCGUCAAGGCGGCGAAGGCUUCCCGAGACCUCGCCAGCGAUCUCAAAUACAGAGAAAACUACCUGAAGAACAGGGAAUUGGCCGCCGGCGUCAACGUGAGCGACUCCAAGACUUUACAUUCGCUGCAGGUGGCCAAGAUGCACAGCGACAUUGCAUACAAGAAGGGCUCCAAGGAGAACCGGGGCCAGUACAGCCUGUCGAUGGACAUGGUCAACCUGAGUCACGCCAAAAAGGCCCAAGCUCUGGCCAGUGACGUGGAAUAUCGCACCAGGCUGCACGAUUACACCGUCAUGGCUGAUGACAUCAAGGUCCAGCAAGCCAAGAAGGCGUACUCCCUGCAGAGUGAGAACCGGUAUCGCUCAGACUUAAACUGGAUGAAGGGGGUGAGCUGGGAGACCGACGGCUGCCUCAACAUCACGCAGGCCAAGAAAGCCGGGGAUCUGCUCAGCGACAAUAAAUAUCGGCAGAAGGUGGAUCGCAUCAAGUUCACCCAGGUGGCGGACAAUCUGUUCAUCAAACACGCCAAGAAGAGCCAGGAAUUGCAGAGCGACCUGGCGUACAAAGCAAACACCGAGCAGAUGAUCCACCAGUACACCAUGACGAAGGAUACGCCGCUGUUCAGACAAGCCAAGGCAAACGCCGAGCUUCUCAGUGGGAAAAUCUACAAAAGCCAAUGGGAGAAACAGCGGGAAAAGGGCUUUGAGCUCCGAUUAGACUCACUUUCGAUUCUCACCGCCAGAGCUAAGAGAGACCUGGCCAGUGAUGUCAAAUACAAAGAGCAAUAUGAGAAAAACAAAGGCAAGGUGAUCGGAAUCAAGUCAGUCAGCGACGACUCACAGAUGGCUCACUCGGCUCUGGCCACCAAACUACAGAGUGGCCGCGACUACAAGAAGAACUAUGAGGACACCAAGACCCAAUUCAAUGUUUCUCUGGACAUGCUCAAUAUCAGCCAGGCCAAGAAGGCCCAAGACUUGGCGGCAGACUACAACUACAGAACAUUCCUGCACGAGUACACCACGCUGCCAACUGACAUGAAUGUGGCCUGGGCAAAGAAGGCCUACGGACUGCAGAGCGACAAACUCUACCGAUCCGAUCUGGCCUGGAUGAAGGGUGUCGGCUGGGAGGCCUCCAAGUCUUUGGAUGUCCAGCAGGCCAAAAAAGCCGGGGAGCUGGUCAGCGAGAAAAAGUAUCGCCAGAAUGUGAGCGCCCUGAAGUUUACAAGUGUUGAAGACACGCCAGAGAUGGUUCAGGCCAAACUCAGCAACAAACUGGCCAUUGAUAGGUUGUACAGAGAGAAGGGAGAAAACAUGAAGCACAACUACACCCUCGAUGAGGAGCUGCCCGAGUUUGUGCAAGCCAAGAUCAACGCCUUGAACUUGAGUGAGAGUCGUUACAAAGAAUCUUGGACUAAACUACGUGACGGAGGCCACAGACUGCGUCUGGAUGCUAUUCCUUUCCAGUCGGCCAAAGCCUCUGCUGACAUACUGAGUGAUCAAAAAUACAAAGGGGAGUUUGAGAAGACCAAAGGGAAGAUGACUGGACCGAAAGGGCUGCAAGACGACAUGAACAUGGCUCACUCCGUUUACGCCAACAAGCUGCAAAGCGACAUUACGUACAAGAAGGAGUCGGCCAGCCAGCGCUCCAAGCACCACCUUCCAAUGGAUAUGUUGGAGGUGGCCCAUGCCAAGAAGGCCCAGUCUUUGGUCAGCGAUCACGACUACAGGCUGACCUUGCAUCAGUACACCUCCCUGCCGGACGACAUGAAGCUGCAGGCGGCGAAGAAAGCGUACGCUCUGCAAAGCGAGAGGAUGUAUCGUUCCGAUCUCAAUUACCUGCGGGGUGCAGCGUGGAUCGCAACUGGGGCUCUGCAAAUUGAAGGCUCCAGGAAAGCUGGUGACCUGAUCAGUGACAAAAAGUAUCGCCAGCAACCAUACAACUUCAAGCACACGUCUGUGGCAGACUCCCCUGACAUAAUCCACGCCAAACUCAGUGGACUGAUCACGAAUGAGCGUCUGUACAAAGAGAAAGGGGUGAGCGACCAGCACAGCUACACCAUCACGGCCGAAAGACCGGAGAUCACUCAAGCAAAGAUCAACGCGGCUAACUUUAGCGAGAUCCGAUACAGGGACUCCUGGCAUAAUCUGAGGGCUCGGGGCUACAAGCUGACCAUGCAGGACAUACCAUUCCAGGCAGCCAAGAGCUCCACGGGCAUCGCCAGUGAUUACAAGUACAAACACAACCACCUCAUGGAAAAAGGCAAGCGCAUUGGCGCCCAGAGCGUUUCGGACGACACGUAUCUGCUGCACUACAUGCAGGCAAACCGGUUGGCCAGCGACCAGGAGUACCGCAAGGACGCCUUGACGGCCAGCGGGCGCUACCACCUGACGCCUGACACGGUCCACUUCGUCACGGCCAGGAACGCUCAGGCCCUGGCCAGCGAGCAGGACUACAGGAAGAGACUUCACGAGUACACGGUGCUUCCCGACGACAUGAAGGUCAACUGGGCUAAGAAAGCCUACAACCUGCAGAGUGAGACACUGUACAAGUCGGACCUGAACUUCAUGAAGGGCGUGGCGUGGGAUGGCGUGGGAGCACCGCAGCUGGAGUCGGCCAAGAAUGCUGGGAGACUUGUUAGUGAUAAGCGAUACCGCCAACUGCCAGACAGCUUGAAGUUCACCUCGGUGACAGACUCCCCAGAUAUGCUCCACGCCAAGGCCAGCUAUCAACAGUGCAGCGAGAGGCUGUACAAAUCGGGUCGGAACGACGACAUGAACAAGUACACCUUACAUCCGGACGAUCCCGACUUCGUCCGAGCCAGGAUGAACGCCCAGCACAUUAGCGACAAAGUAUACAAGGCCUCCGGAGAGCAGCUGAAGAUGCUGGGCUACGACUUGCGGCUGGACGCCAUCCCCUUCCGAACGGCAAAGGCCUCGAGGGAAAUUGCCAGCGAUGUGCUCUACAAGGACUCUCACUUGCGGGAGAAGGGCCAGCAGGUGGGGCUGCGCUGCGUGGAGGACGACCCGAAAAUGAUGCACUCGCUGGCGGCCAGCAAGCUCCAGAGCAACCUGGAGUACAAGCGGCAGUCCAAGGAGGAGCGGGCCAACUACAAGAUCCACGCCGACCAGCCCGAGUUCCUGCUGGCCAAGAAGAGCCAGGCACAGGCCAGCGACUUGGCGUACCGAAGCAAGCUCCACGACUACACGUGCGACUCGGAGCAGCUCCAGGUCAAGCACGCCAAGCAGGCCUACCAGCUGCAGAGCGACGUGAACUACAAGUCGGACCUGAACCGGAUGAGGGGAGCGGGCUGGACCCCUCCUGGCUCCCACAAGGUUGAGCUGGCUCGCCGGGCUGCCGAGCUGGGCUUGGCUGAGGGGGUGACCACAGAUGAGGCCAUCGCCAAGUACCAGCGCAUGAUAAUGCUCCACUACCAGCAGCGGAUGGAGGAGCAACAGCAGCAGCAACAACAGCAACACUCGUCCGAGCAGGCGCAGACCAGCGAGGAGAUGCGGCAAGGCGUCAACAUGGACGCCACGGAGGUGCUUCACGUCAACAGGACAAAGACCUACCAGACCGUGCAGAAAAAGACCACCACCACCACCACCACAAGUAGCAGCAGCGCCACCUUCAAAUCCAUGGAGAAGAAAUCCAGCAGCGCCUCGUCGGCCGCACGGCACAGCGCGCUCAAGACAUCCGGUCAGGCCAAAGCUAUUAAAGAUACUUAGAAGUUUGGGAGAAUACGGCCACGCGGGACUGAGCUAGAUGGAUGAUGAAUGAAGGAUGCAAGCAUGUUGAAUGAAGAUGGAACUUGCUAUGUUUAGCA